UGAGUGAACGGGAUUUUAGUGACUGACCUGCCACCUGGAAAUAAAGUUGGGUAUAUCCCUUUCACCCCAAGAACUUGCGGUCAAUUUCUUUGGUUACAUUGAAUCCGGAGCAAACUUGCCCGGGGCUGAAACCCAUCGGCAAGACACCGCCCUUAUAGGGGGAGGAGACCAGGGUCGACUCUCCACCAGGGAGGAAGACAGCAUCCAUGAACCAGGAGCAGGUGUCCCCAGACAGUGGAUCUGCUCGGGCCCUGAUCUCAGACGUCCUUUCUCCAGAGCUGUGAGAAGCAGUGUCUUUCGGUUGGGUCCCUGCACCGUGGGCGUGUGCAGUCAGCAGUGGACAGCAAGGUCCUGACACAGCCCCACUGGCUGCCCAGCCUGCAGGAAAGAGGACGGACAGCGUGUGGAAAGAAACAUGCCACUUUCCUGCCAAAGAGAUAACCUCACAGUGACGUUGGCAUUUUCAGAGGAAAGGCACUGUGAAGACAGGAAGGUGGCCUUCUGCAAGCCAGGAACAGAGUUCUCACCAGAAAUGCAUCCUAAUGACACCUUCGUCUUGGACUUUCAGCCUCCAGAGCUCUCUGUCUGCUUAGUCUUCGGACUGCCCUUGGCGGGGAUCCACAGGAGGACGGAGCCACCGAGUCGCAGACAAUGCAGCCGCAGGUGUUGGGGGGCUCUUCCCUAGGAGCCGACACCUGUGUUUCCCAGGAGGGAUCGGUGACCUUCAAGGAUGUCGCUGUGGACUUCACCCAGGAGGAAUGGGCCCUGCUGGACGCGUCCCAGAGGAAGCUGUACAGAGACGUGAUGCUGGAGAACAUCGGCCAGCUGGUCUCCGUGGGGUAUCAGCUGUGCAGAUCAGACGUGGUUUCCCAGCUGGAGCAAGGGGUGGAGCUGUGGAGGGAAGAAAGAGGAUUUCCCCAAGGCCUGAGUCCAGACAAGGAAAGACAAGAAAUAAUAUCCAUACAAGAUAUCUGCAGAAAGGAUCUGUCUGAUUGCACGUCAAUGGUCAGAGAAGGAGAGGGAGGGCAUGGAAGGCCGGAAGACCAGGACGCCAGGCCCGAGUCGUGGGAAGAUGCUGCAGAAGGAGGAGUGAGUACAGACAUGAUUGCAGGUGCCUGUCAUCAAACCCCGCUGCUCCGAGAUCUGAGGCUCUCACUGCCUGGGCGGUGCUGAAAGAAACGUAACUUUGUUUUCACCUCAGUCAUAUUUGAUUUCUAAU